CCUUUUAAAUACUCAUCUUUAUCCAACAGUAGAAAGGGGAAUACAAAAAUGGUAAAAUCUUUUGAUCUAUUUUAGCUUUGCUAACUCUUAUUUACCCAUCUGUGAUACUAAGAAAAAAAAUGACUGCUUCACAUCAAGGAACUUGUUUAUGCGGAUCUAUCGAAGUCUCAUUCAAUGGUGAGCCAAAGAGAAACUUUAUUUGUUACUGUUCCGACUGUCGUAAAGGUUCUGGACAUUUAGGACAAUUCAUUUCUGAAUAUAACUCAUCUGACGUUAUUGUCACUGACAAGGACUCAAAAUUAAAAGAAUAUGUAGUCACCAAGACUAAGAGUGGUUUCCCAAAGAAAAAGCAGUUCUGUGGUGAAUGUGGUUCAACUGUACUCACUCUCCCAAUGAAGCAUAAUGGUGAAGUGGCUAUGGUUAGGCCAUCUCUUCUUGAUACUAAAUUUGCUUCUUUUGCUCCAAAUAAAGCUAUUUUCGGUGAUGCUAGAACUGAAUACACUAAAGGAAGUGAAUCUGAAUUCUACUAAUUAGUUUCAUAGGUCAAUUAUACAUUAUUAUUUCGCUAUCAACAUGUCUC